CAAGACCUAUAUAUAUAUCUGUUGUUAGAUGGUUGGAUUUAUAGUAUAUUCUAGUUUCAUAACAAAAGUAAAAGUAGAAAAUGAACAUUGCGGCAAGGACAAAUCUAGUUACUUCAUUGAAGUUAGUUUACCAGCCUCUUUGCACUGGUUGCGCAAGAAGGCUACUGGCUCCUGCAAUAUGCACUAAGAUCAGACAUCUCAAGGCAAGUCAGCACACAGCAAGCAACAAUUUUAUGAGUGCCAUGUCAACAUGGGAUAAGUUUAAAUGGAACUUGGGCUUGACGGGGAGGCUAAGCGUUUCAAAGCAGAAAUUGAUCUCUUCAGGAGUGAAGCUUUACAUCUGCUGUUCAGAUUUUAUUGACUUUAGUGAAUUUGUUCGAGUGGUCAAACUUCCAGACACAUUCACAGCUUGGUUUUUAUUGGUAAAUUUACACCUCUGGAUGGUCAAUGUCAAGGUCAGCCAGAUGGGUAAAGAAGGUGAAUUAAUGAAGACUAACAUGUAUAAAGCAAUGUGGAAUGAUGUGGAAAGAAGAUUAAACACUUUCAAGGAUAUGACUGGAAGAGAAAAAAGGAAAAGCCUAGAAAAUUAUUAUAGUGAUAUGAUUUCAUCUAUUCUUUAUUAUGAUGAAGGUUUGAUAGGCUCUGACAAAGACCUGGCUAACUCACUCUGGGUGCAACUAUUCUGCAUGGAACCUAAUAUCCAUGUUGAUCAGUUAGAGAUAAUGGUGGAAUAUGUCAGGAAACAGGUGUAUCACCAUGAUCAACUUGAUCCCGACCUCAUCAUGAAGACAGGCUAUGUGUCCUUCCUUCCUCUGCUUGGGGAGAAGCUCAAUUUACAGAAAGCUGAACAAGAUUUUAAGAAGCUGUGUGAAAUUUAGUGCCAUGAAAUAUAUAUAUAUAUAUAUAUAUAUAUAUACUUUUUUGUUGUUGUUGUGUAUGAAAUGGUUAUCUUGCUGCAUCAUAGAAGAGUCUUACUUGGACUUCAUACUUAGCGUUCACUAGAGACUAUAUAGAUCUAUACUUAGGCCCUUUAAGUAAAAAUUCAGAUAUUAGCCAUUUACAUUCAUGAUUGUAAACAAACUAUUUUACCAAUUUGAAAAAAAAAUCUAUCCUUUUAACUUAAAUUGGAUAUUUGAAGUAAAAAUUAUGUCACACAAGAUUAUCAUUGAAAAUUCAUUCUACAACUAAAUAAAAAAAUCUUUUUGGAAACAGAAAAUCAUUUUUUUGUAAAAAAGGAAAUGGUGGUCACACUAUAGGAGUGUUUUGGGACCAGUUUGAAGCAGUUUCUUGUUCAGGCCUCUUGAUAAAGAAUGCUGUUGUGAAGGACAUGGUCAACACUCCACAAGGGCAGAUUUUGCCAGUCCUAAUUUCUAGCUUCCGGAACAUAUGUUGUCUCAUUCUGUUGUGUCUGGUUCUGAGUCGAAAGAUUAGACAGUCAUGUCGGGAUAGCUUAUUAAUAGGUGUCAUCUUUCUUGUGAUUUUCUGUUUCUCAUUUAUUCCAUUACUUUCUUAAUUUCUUCCGGAUAGAGAGCUGCCUGAUUUGGAAACCACUGCUCUUGUAAUAUGCAAUACCUAAACACAAACUCAGUUUAACUGUGAAUUAAUUGUAAAUAAGAACUAGAAAGAUUUGUUUAUUUGUUGCCAACUAAAGUCUAAUGCCGGUAAAUGUUUUGACAUGUGUAAACAAAUUUUAUAUAUUUAUUGAAAUUGUUUUGAGUGUGGGACAUAGAGUUGUGGGUUUGGAAUGUUAUGUAGGAAUUUAUUUUGGUUUUUUGAAAGUUUGUUGAAAUGUGAGUUGGAAAUCAAAGUGUAUUAAAGGCACAUUCCUCGUCCCAUAUGCUAGGACAAAUUUGUACAAAUACUCUUUCUUCCUUAGUGCUUUUAGAGCAUGGAAUGGGUUGCCUGAGCUAGCCAGGAAAAUCAGUGACUUGGCAGAAUUUAAGUCAUUGGUUAAUAUGCAUGACUAAAUGCAUGACGCGUAGGACGUAAUCAUCUUCUUUUUUGAAGUAACGUCAUUAUUAUAUAAGAUAAGAUAAGAUAUUAUUAAUGAGGUGUAGUUGAUAUGCAUACAAAUAAAAUCUUUAUUUCUUAUAAUAUUUGUUAAUUAUCAGUGAAUUAGGAUUUUGUGGUGGAAUAAAUCACUCUUUCUGUCUACAAAAAUCAGUGUCUACCAAGCAGUGGUGCUCUCCACCUUUCUCGAUGAAUCUAAGGCAUGGGUACUAGACAGAAAGUAACUAAGACUUCUGGGACUCUGAAGCAUGGGUACUAGACAGAAAGUAACUAAGACUUCUGGGACUCUGAGGCAUGGGUACUAGACAGAAAGUAACUAAGACUUCUGGGACGCUUUCACCAAAGAUGUUUUCGCUCCAUCAUGGACAUACGAUGGCAUUACAACAAUACUAACAGCGAUAUUCAAGCGAAUGCCGGUAUGGGCAGUAUAGAGGGACUUCGUAUGGUCCGACAGUUACGCUGAUUAGGGAACAUAUUGCAUAUGGGUGACGAAUGUAUGCCAAAGGCAGUCUUUGUUUGUUUUUUUGGUGAGCUGAAAGGUGGUCAACUAACAAAGGUGCCCCAUGGAAACACUUUAUAGACUAGCUUAGGUGCAAACUUGCUUUAACUGACAUAGAAGAGAGCACCUGGCAGCAGGCGACUUCAGAAUGAAACAACUGGAGAUUACUUACAAAAGCUACGCGAUACACAUUUGAGACCAAAAGAAAAUCCACUGCCGAAGACAGACUCAGACGUAGACGACGACGAAAAGAUAAACUCAAUCGACCACCUGCGGAAAAUGUUUAUGUCUGCUCUAGAUGUGGCAGACUAUUUUUCUUAUUCUAACAACUACACACACACCUAUACUUUUAGAUUUCACAGUCAAACCUAAACCGAAAUAUAGCAUAUAUAUUUGGGGGGGGGGGCAUUUUAAUUCAAACUUAAAUCUUAAGCAAUUCUUACUCAACAGUAAGAUCAUUUGUGUGUGUAUGCUUUCCUUUCCCUGUGUAUGUUAACUAUGUAAUCAGCUAAAUUACAUUCAAAUACGCUUUCUUUUGUAAUUGAAAAUCUUGAUAUUCUCAAAUGUUCUUUAGUCAUAUAAUGCUUGAAAGCAAAGUUUGAGUACCCAUUGCAAAAUACCAAAAAAAUCACAAGUCAAAUAGAUGUUAUUUACAAGAGCAAAGCAUAUUUUAUUCGCAUAUUUACUGGGAAACAUAGCAGGACGUGGACAUUACAGUUGAUUUAACUAAACAAUUGUAAAUUCAUGACUAGCAACAAUCAAUGCAAAACAAUUAGUUCAGAUAAUUGGGCCAUGUAAACUAUUGCUCAACGGUCUAUAUAAAUUCACUUGUGUGUAUAAAUGCAAUAUUUCACCUAUUUUUCGCCAUUCAGCAGUGUGUAUAAAUUCAGAAGUCUUUGUCGCUUUAGCAGCAGAUUUCCCUUGACCAGUCCUUCAGUCUUCCCUUCGGCCACCGUGUGAAUACACUCUACAGUUUCCCGCAGAACAACAGUUUUGUCAUGUCAUAUUCCCACCUACCGUGAGCCCACGUCAAUAAAUAAACAUUUCAUUUUCCAUCUGGUAGGACAAAGACAUACAAGGACUGAUCCAGUUCAAUCUUAAGAACUAGCAUAGUUGGAACAAGUGAUGAGUAUGCACCACUACUAGCAUUGGGGACACACAGUAACAUACGAAUGUCUGGAAAGAAAGAAAACACAUUGGCUGGAAGUUUCUAAUCGUUAUUACAAACACAUCGAUACAAUUUUAAAAAGUGGCCAGAAAAACAAAACAUUGACAAGGGCAUGUGCCUAUGAACUGUAAGGGGAAUUUACGAACUACUCUAGCUGUUUAAGAAAUGAGGAAGUAAGAUUGCGAGAAUGUAUGGAAAUAAAAAAAGGAUACAACUAUAUAUCUCAAUAAUGUAGAAGUUAUUUUCCUUAUUCGAUAUCAAUCAUAAGGUUAAGAAUAAGGUUAAAUGUUUUUUAAAAUUGAUUCAUGAAGGUACAAUAAAUGAUGAAAGUUUCCACUUGAUCCGAGAAUGUGUGUAUAGAAAUAACGAGUGCAAUUAUCUAAGGGGACCAAACCCUACAUAUUUAGCUAUAUCUGUAAAUACUGUAGGAUUAAUUUCCCUCGUUGGUAUCAAACAAAAUAAUUAAUUACCAGUAAGUAAUUGGUUUGUUUUUUUCACUGUCUCAUGCCUUGUCUACAUUGAAUAAUUGAGCAAAGUUUCAUGUACCAGCCAGACAGGGUGAGUUUGUAAAAAGGUUGGGGGUAGGGAGGUUAGGCCUAAAUUUAGAAUACUACAUUUGUGAAGGUCUUUGAACUGGCGCUAAAAUAACUGGACCAUAGAAAAAUGGUUUGUGUUAAACCAAUCUCUUUUUUUUUUAAGCUUGUAAGUAAAUUCUAAAUCUAGAUUUCCUCAGUCUUUGUGAAGAAAAAUGUUUAGGUAGGAUGUACUACUGUGAAAUUCUUUGGCAUGGUAAACAACUCUUGUUUUUUUUUUUUGUCAACUAGGUAGUCUCCCUUUGACCCCCCCCCCCUUUUUCCCUUUUUUUUUUGUCACUACUAAGUGUGUCUCUAUUUGUUACAGAGUUAAUUCAAAGGCAACUUUUUAUUUAUCCCAGAGCUAGAAUGUUCUAAGAGUGCAUGCAAAAGUACUAAAGUUUAAAGGUCAGCUGUGGGUGUCUUUUUUUACCUGUUUGUUAUUUUAAGCGUUGUUUUCAUUGCUAUUUAGAUCGCAUACAAUUAAUGCUGACUCACUUUCGGAGUUAAACUUUUUUUUUUACAUCAAAAUGAUGACAAAUUUAAUUUUGGCCCACUCUUCCAGUAAGGAGGGGGGGGGAGGGUAAGUAUAAAUUUAGAAUUGCUAAGUCGGCGAAUACAAGAAAUGAGAAAAGAUCUAAAGAAAAAAAAAUAGAAUAGUCAUCUAGGAGUCAUCCUUAAUCUUCGGAAUCAAAGACAAUGUCUUGUAUAUAUUUAAUUCUUUGCCAUUAAUGUUUAUUAUUGAAGAUUUUCAUACUAUAGGUUCUAUACAGAAAGUAUACUCUUUGUUUACAAAUCUGAUUUCUUAUCGUUUCAUAUUUUUUUAUUAAAAAAAUAAAGGAACAACAAUUAUUAUAUGGUUUUUACAAAUGUAGACCCAGAGUUCGUAACACUUCCUUAUCUUGUACACCAGAUACACCGAAACACCUUGAACACUGCCUCCAUUGAAUGACAAUCUCCGAUAUGUUUUUUUUUCCCUUUAACAACUAAAUGCGUGAUAUUACUUGCUACUAUUAAUCACCAACUUGCCCCCUCUUAUGUGUGUCAGAUGUGUCUAAUUGAAAUAACAAGAAUGACGACGCUUAGUAUAUUUUAUAGGCAAGUGCACAUCUAUUAUGACCUCGACCUGGAGUUCUAAACGUUGCUGUUUGCUGACCAUUGUGGACGGUCGCCAUAGAUGAGUUCUCCCUUGUUCGAAAUGUAACUGGACUUGUCUGGUUUCAAAGGAUAAAACCGACCGUCUGAGUUGGCAACGUAACCAAAAGAGCUCGACACUAGACCGUUUGACUGACCAAGGCCACUAGACCCAUGGCUAUUUAAGACUGCCCCAUUGGAAACUUGUAAUGGUCCAUUGACAUUUUUAGGAGAUGAAUUUUUUUCUUUUCCAGAAUAAUAAAUACCGGAAGUUGGGUCGAAUUGGUCGAAAUAAAUACCGGAAGAUGAUAUUCCAUUCAGAAAUGAAGGCGGCAAGAUGAUGUCCCAAAAGGGAAUAUCAUUGCCUUUGUUUUUAUCUGCUCGUUUGACUCUUGCAUAAAGGUUCUCUUCCUUUGAAACAACGUCUUCAGAUCGCCUUUUUCUUUUUCCAGGUGGAGUCGUAGUUGGCUCGGGUGUUGUAGUUGUAGUUGUAGUGGGGUUAGGAAUGAACGGGUCAAUGCCUUGAUUUAACAAGUCAGGGUUAUCAGUGGGA